UAAACAGAUCGUAAACUUAAAACAUUUCGCUGCCAGAUUUACCAAUUCAACGACCUGUUCCCUGUUGGCUUGUUAGCUCAACUGGUAAGGGCGCUGUACCGGUAUAGCGGAGGACAAGGGUUCGAAUCCCGUACAAGCCUGAAUUUUUUCAGGCUUUCUUUUCGCAACUGCAAAAGUUGCGUCUAUAACUACGAUGAUCUUCUUUCAUAUAAUUCUCUACCCCGCAGUUCUCAUAUAUGAUUUCAUAUUUUCAUAACAUAGAUUUAUUUGUUUCGCCACGCAAUGCUUAUUAGCACGAAUGUGGAGAGACGUUGACAUGAUGACUUAUACUGCGAACGCUCUCACAUUUUCGUUUUGAGUCAGAGGACAUAAAACAGUUUUCCCUAGCUUCUUUUAGUGGGGGAAGGGAAACGGAGUAGGUGCGGCUGGGGACAGCAGAGCUGGUUGGUUUAGAUAAAAAGACUCAGUAAGUAAUUUUCAGUUUCAUUUUUCCUGUUGCCUAUAAUUUAUGGUGAUAUAUUUUUCUUUGUCUUCCGUUAUCAGGACAACAUUCAUCUGCUGUACCAGCGAGCUGUAGCCUAUUUGAAUGUUGAUUCCCCGAUACGAGGUACAGACAUGUGACCGUUUUUAUUCGAAAUGAUCACUUGACGACUUUGUCAACAAGCACUUUUUUUACGUUGGGCGGGGCAUUUGUUGUUGUAAAGAUCGACCUAAAAAUGCUUAUACUUUCCUUAAAAGCUGGUGAGGUUAAAAUAUUUUAUAGUAAAUCGUAUACUUGAUAUAGAAUAAUGCUUUUUUUUUCUAGUGGAAGUGUAGUUAGUUGCUCUAACUAGUUAACGGGCACUCCACUGAAAUAAUCGAAAGCAAAUAGUUAAAAUAGCACAACAGGUUUAGAAACCUCGAGGCAAACCUGUUGGCUAUUUACAAGCAUAGCCGAGGAUUUUGAACUCUGGAUGACCAAGAAACAAAUCCAUCCAAACUUUUUUGUAUUGAUUUUACCUGUAUCCCGUAUUCUGUUUUUUAUUUUAUUUUAUUAUUAUUAUUUUUUUAGGGAAUUACAGCCUGUUUGUCCGUGCGAGUCCUCUUCUUCAUCAAGUAUUAUACAAUGCUUCAAAACAGGUGAUAUAUGACUAUGUGAUGUAAUUUGCAUCACAGUCAAACAUCCUUAUCAUCAUCAUCAUCAUCAUCAUCAUCAUCAUUAUCAUCAUCAUCAUUAUACUCAUCAUCGCCUUCAUCAUUAUGAGCAUCAACAUCGUCAUUAUCAUUAUAAUGAUCGUCACCGUCGUCCCUUCCUAUCAACACCAGCAUCACGUUGCAUUUUUCUAUUAGGACAGGGAGCCAUGAAAUGUUCAGGGUAUUGUCCCUCUUUGACCCAGGAGAAAACCUUGAAAAAGGUGAAAAUUAAGUGGUUUGAAGCCACAUUGCGUUUACGCGGGACAGAAAAGCUAGUUUUGGCUGAAUGCCAGUGUUGGGGACACGGUAAAUUUGCCUCCUUCAGGCACAUUUUAGAUAAAACUGUGAUAUAAAGCUGAAAAUUCGUCUUUUUCAGGUGAAAAAUCCCGUGGACGAAAAUCAGUCCGUUUAUGAAAACUGGCUGGACAAAUUCCCAGCUGCUGACGGACGAAAUCCUGAGUGAGUAUAAACCGAGUGAAACGCCUUUGUCGAUCUCAAAAAUAGCUACAGCUCUCGUUGAACAGAAUACAACCCAUCUCUGUGCUCGUUCAACAUCGUUCAACACUUUGAAUUUUAUUAUUACUUAAUAUUCAACACAGCAUAAUACACAUUUCAGCAAUAAUUGUGUUUUGGUUGACAAGUGUUGAACCACGUAUCAUUGGUUUUACGGUCAUUUGAUAAUGUCCAGAAGUGGCCAAAGUAAAAAUGCGACAAAAUUUCCAGAUUUCCUCGUUUAAAAUGCUGAAAAACCAAUUGCACCUUGUGAUCAUACCUGCCUUAGAGGCUUCUUUUGAAUGGUCACACCAUAGAAUUUUGUUCACGGACUGAAAGUUAGAACGGCUUUUUACACAGACUCCAUCAUUGAUAUCAAGUCACCUCGCCACCAAGAAAAGUAAUAUCCUUAUACUUAUCGAAAGGACAAGUCUCUAAAAGAAAAUUCUUUCCCUUUGAAUUUACAAUGAAAUUUAAGGAGGUAAGGGUCGUGUGAUAAUAUUACCCUACUUUCCUAAGAGGGGCUGUUGGAUUUUAAGUAAAUCGCACCUCUUGGGCAUAAGAAUAAGCCGUAUUGAGGUAUUAAAAAGUCGCAAUUAUUCACAAAAAAAAUAAAGCUAAAUGUGAGACGUCUGACGCAAGGUGUCAAUUACUAUGGAAAAACUUGUAUUUGGACUUGAGGAAGAAGUAUCAGUCCCAGGUAAGUAAACAGUGUAAAUAUUACGUGGUGGCGAGUCGACUUCUUGAAAUGACCGUAAACCCCAUCAUUCACUCCUAGAGUGAAAGGUCUAAAGUAAAACAAGCAUAAACAAAAUGAUAUGUUUUAAAGGCAUCGUAAUAGCAGACAGUCAGGCCUUAAACUAUUAGGUUCCCCGAUAAAAAGGGGGAACGUAACAAGCCAACUAAGCAUAUGUCCUCGGAGCGAACGACUUCGUCAAUGCUAAACACCAUCCCUGAAAGAAACCUGAAACCUCUGCCAGCAGGAUAUUUUAGUGUCUUUCAAACGUUUUCACGUUUUGUUGCCAAAUUAAAUUUCUUUUACUGAAAUUGUGAAAGUUCAAUGUGCGCCCAGCCCUGAGUAAGUGCUCACCUUGAAUAAGCGCCCACUCUCAAGGUCCAAAAAUUUAAUCAGCGCCCAGGGCACUUGAGCAAAUAAAUACCGUACAUACGGUAGGUGCCUGUUUACAUGGAGGUUGGGGAACCCAGGUAGGUGAGGUAGCCCGCUUAGGUGGUGUAACCCGCCUGUCCAUGUAAUCUCGCAUUUUAAUUUCAUCCCGUUUACAAGACAGGUUACCCCAUCUAAGCGGGUGACCUCACCUACCAGGGGGCCCCCACCUCCAUGUAAACGGACCCUAAGUUGUGGGCUUGAGUUUUCUGAGUUUUUUAAACACCAUGCCGGAAAGAAACCUGGAACCUCAGCCAGCAGGAUUUCUUAAUAGUGUCUUUCGGUCUUUCUUUUGUGUUUUUUUAUAGAAUUCGCCCUCUUGGGUCAGGCAGUGACUAUUCUCCAUUUUGUCAGAGAGCUGGGGUGCCGUCUGCCGAUAUAAGAUAUGUGUUUGACAUGGUAUGUGCCUUGCAUUAAUUAUAGUAACUUUUUGACACGUAUAUUAAGUCAAAUAAAAGUAGUGUUCCAGGGAAAUAAAGAAAAUGUGUAUACCGAAAAAGUUUUAAAUAGCAAACAUCCAUCCGUUGUUGCUUCCAGGUCUCGGGGAAUGAGUUUCACUUGCGAGUAACCCUUUUUGUUUGUGAUAAAGUUAUGUGGUCUUUUUUGUGGUCCAUAAAGCCAGCUGUAAAGAAUCUACUGAAAAACUGAUUUACUUAUUUGAUUCUCAGUCGUGUAGAGAUUUUUGCGCGACAGACGACCUGUCACUGAAGCGCCCAGAAACUCGAAGGUUUGUCCUAAGCGAUGAUACAAACCGGAACGCCUUACGAUGUCCGUUAUAACGAGAGUUGUAACAAGGAAUGUCAUUUUUAGGCGAAGUUUGUUUUUUGUCAAAACAACAGUAAUUUUUGACGGUUUUACGGGUAUUUAGUUUUUGUCCGUAUAACAGUCGAGCCUCAUGUGCGACCGCUUAUCGAAAACACCAAACCUUUCCAGUCAAAACGUUACAGUUGGAACCUCUGGUAAACGACCACCUCCUGUAAGCGACCGCGACCACUUUUGGGCCUGACGGUUAAUGAUAUUCCAUUGUUUUUAACCUCUUGUAAGCGACCACUUGACGCAUUCUUUGAUCUCUAUGGUCGCUGUGUGCACUAUGCUACAGUGUACUAAGAAUAUACGAAAAACUUUAGUGACAACAUGGAACUACACAUGACGUAACUCAGACAUUGCAUGCAAUAAAUAUCUUCCGUAAAGUAGAUGUGUCUGGACCUCUCCUCGGAAGAAACCCCCUGUAGUUCGAUUCUUGUAAGCGACCACCUCCCGUAAGCGACCACUCAGCCUUUCCAUUUUAGUAGCUAGGUAUACCAAAAUCAAAGGUUAUUAGAGACCUUUAGAUUCGAGGAAGAGAACGACUACGAGUACGAGAUUUGAUUUAAAGUUUUUUCGCGUAUGGUCAAAAAAGAGACACCCCAGAAUUCUUCAUUGUACUUUUUUCUCCCGAAACGUUAGCACUGUUAUCGUUAUUGAAGGAGGUUGAGCCCUCUUCUAAUUGCAAAAUGCUAAAAGUUCUAACAUUUGAUAACUUGUUCCCGCCACUACGACACUCUCGCUAAAACUCGCAGUAGAAUGACGACGGCUACCACGUUUUCCCGCCAAAAUGACGCUGCCUCACGCGAGUACACUACUUACUGUUGAGGAAAUCUGGUACUCGUAGUCUUUCUCUUCUUAGAAUCUAAAGGUCUCUGAUGUUGACUGUCGCAAUCUUCCUUAUUAUAUACUUAGCUUUUAUGAUUUACAUUUACUUUUUGAUUUCAGUUUAAGUUCCAUAAUAUCUCCGCUUAUCCAACGUAUCACAGUUUGCAUGACACAUUUGCUUACGUCAAAAAGUUCGUGGAUCCUGAAUUCAAGACUCAUCUGGCGGUUGCGCAGUUCUGGGGCAGUGUUACAUUCCUAUUGGCUGAGACACCUGUCCUGCCAAUCAACUGCUCGGAUUACGCUGUUGCGCUGAAUAAAGGCGUGUCCAACUUACAGAAAAAGUAUCAAGGUGAAUUAACCAAGAAAGGAAUUUCGCUCGGUGAGUUUAUUUUGUUCCUUCAACUUCGUAGCUAAACGUACGCUCAAACUACUGCCACUCAACAGCAAAUAUUGCUUAAAACAGAGCUGCUAUGAAUACCCCUGAAUUUUACGAUGUUUGACGUUUUAUUUAAGCAACCUCAACGGUGAUGGAACCGAAAACGUUACUUACAAAGUGAUCUCGCGACUAUUCUAACUCGCUUAGUUUUUCAAAUGUUAUGAUAUUUCCCUGGCCGCGGUUGUUCAAACGUUAGAUAGCACUAUCCACUGGAUAAAUAACUAUCCAGCGGAUAAAUAUUAGGGAACCAAUUGCGCGCUAUCCACUGGAUAGAGAUUUAUCCAGUGGAUAACGUUAUCCACCAGGAGAUUAAUUCGUGGGGACCACGUCAGAGUUCAAAAAGGGAAAGAAACAUCUGUUCCCGAGUGUUUACGUUAUCCGUUAAGAAUCAUAUUAGAAAGAUUUAUACGUUGUAGUUUUGCACUGACGGUGAAGGAAAGUACUAGUUAAAAAUUGUGAUGCGUGUAUGACGUUCCCUAUCGUCGUUGCUGCAAGUCCUUUGUUAGCCCUGUUCUGAGCAAGUAGGGACCUGGUACGACGUAUGACAACAGCAAAAACUAACAUGGCGGACAGCAGUAAGCCAACUGUUAAUCACGCUCUCAAAGAUAUUCUGACUGAAGAAGAUAUACGUAUACUGUACCUGUUGCAACAGGGUGUUAAGGAAUUCUGUAAUAGUCAACAUCAGUUGCAUUUCUGGAACACAGCGGUGGUAGUGCGCGUUUCUUGGAACAUAGCGGUGGUUGUGCGCCAUGUUUGUUACCCGGGAGGGGGUACUGCUAGACUGCAAAACAGUCCUUAUUUUUGCGUAUUCAAGUACGCGCGAGCAGAGAAAAAAAAGGUCUGAAUCGAGGCUGAAAACAGAGAGAAAAACUGGGGAAAGCUAGACGGUUUUUAUUUUUCUCGCCUCGCCUCCUCUUUCGCUUCAUGCACGUGAGGCUCUUAGGCUAUUCUUACGCUACAUUAAACCGAUUUUGAAAAAAAAAAAGAACCGACUGUUUUGCAGUCUAAGGUACUGCUGGGAAUUCUUGGUGAAGGUGUGCCGCCCGGUUCUCCAAAUACCGACCCGAUUUCAGACCAAAAAAUGUCAUUUUCCACACCCGCUUUCAGACCUGAGCACUAAAAUCCCUACCCGUUUUAGGCAGAAAUUAUUUCAUAAUUACUUAGAUUAGAGUGCAAACAAAAAAUUUCUUCAAAUGUAUUUCGAAUUCGCAUAUUUCUAUUUCUUUCUUAUUCAUGUGGAAUUGAAAUAAUAAGUACGUUCAUACGCUCCCGUAGUUUCCUCGAAAACCAUACCCAAUUCCAGGCCAAAAUGGGCAAAAAGGCCCAAAAACCCUACCCUUUGGGGCGGCACAUAGGGAGUACCCCCUCCUGGGAUUUGUUGACCUUCAUGCUGUCCCUCCAAACAAUCCCGAGAAUCUUUUAUGGUCGCAUAUGUUACCAUUUGUGAUUACUCCCGGUAGGAUCUUGCUGGCUCUGUCUCAGCCCGAAAGACAAAAUUAUUUCACUUACUGAACCCAUUUAUAACGGAAUUUGAUUUCAGAAUUUUUGGCUAAGGCAGUGAAAAAGUUUAAAGAAGGAGUGAAGAACAUGCAAUCACUAAUCAAAAAUGUGGACAUUUCAGAGUAAGUAUUGGAAUACAACUUAGCUUGUUGACACGAAUCAUCUCAAUGACCUGUUCAACCAGCUGGCUUGUUAGCUCAAAUUGGUAGAUCGCCGCACCGGUAUCGCAGAGUGCAAGGGUUCGAAUCUCGUACAAACCUGAAUUUCUUCAGGCUUCCUUGCGUUUAUGACUACGAUGAUUUUCUGUCAUGAAAGUUUUCACCCCAGAGUUCCUAUUGCUGGUUUGCACGUGACGUCACGGCGGCAAUGUUGGAUGACAAGAACAAAAGCAUUUUUCUCUUCUAGGGACUUUCAAUAUUUUCGUGAAAGUUCUUCAAAGAAAAAAUUAUAUUGUAUUGCCAUCCAACAUGGCCGCCUUUUCACGUGGUUGCAAACCAAGAUUAUAUGGUUUUUCAUUAUUUCACUCAACUUAGCAUCUACAGGUUAAUCCCGUGUUAAUUGCUAUAAUUUAUUUGCUUUGCUUGAAAAAUUUAAAACUCAUUUUCUCCUCUGACAAAUGAAUUUUUUUCAGCCCCUGGUCUCUCGCGUACAUUAAUGACCGUUUGAGUGGACUGGAAAAAAACUUCUUAAACCCGGAAGGACUGCCGGGAAGACCUCUUUACUGGUAAGUACUAUUCACUCUCGAGAGCUCUGUAAGUGAAUUUGUUUAUAUUGUGAACAAAGAAGUUGCUGUGUAAGCCCAAAAACACCUUGUUGAGCAAUUUGCGAGGUUGUGAUUGUAUGACCAUACUAAGUGCAAUCGGUAAAAUGGCUCCUCUUCUCCCGUUUUUCCAGGCAUUCUAUUUUCGCGCCAAGUCUUUUCAACUCCUACGCAAGUGCCACGUUUCCAGGCCUCCAUGAUGCUUUAGUGGACGCGGUCAACAAUGGAACCUGGGCAUUAGUUGAGGAAGAGUUAUCUAACACUGUUGUAGCAAUUGAAUGGGCUGCACAAUUUUUGAAUUCAACGGUAUAACACACGACUUUGCGUUGGGUGUUUGUCGGUUCGUUCUGUUGUAUCAAUUCUUGAUUUUGUCCAUGGAGAAAAUAAUAUUUGUAAUUAUUUAGCGAUUCUGUUUUUAAACUUAGGUAAGUUUUAUCUGACUUUUAGGGCAGUGGAUCAAAAUUAGUAGUAUCGUUUCUUUGAAUGGCUAGAAGCGUUUUUAUCCUUGGAUUGGCUUAUUCAACAACGUGAUGCAGGCCAUCUUCUAUUUAUCUUGUAGCUGCGUUAACAAAGCGAGGAUUGAUGUUAGCUCAAACUUU